AUGGCCGCAACUACUCCCCGAGGACGCCUCCAAGGCAAGAAUGCCAUCAUCACCGGUGCGGGCGGUGGUAUUGGUCUUGAGACCAGCAUCCUCUUCGCCCGCGAAGGUGCCAAUGUCUUGAUGGCCGACGUAUCGGAGGCCGCCCUCGAGAAGGCAUUGGCCAAGGUGAAGGAGGUUGUGCCCGCUGCGCCCCGCGUUGAGUCGAUCAGCUGCGAUGUGUCCAAGGAGUCCGAUGUACAGGCGAUGGUCGAGUCACAGGAUAGCUGGGGCGGCACCGAUGUGAUCUUCAACAACGCGGGCAUCAUGCACGCCAACGAUGCGGAUGCCAUUGACACCCCCGAGAAGAUCUGGGACCUCACUCACAACAUCAACGUCAAGGGUGUUUGGUUCGGCAGCAAGCAUGCCGUUCUCAGUCUGCGUCGUCACAAGAAGGCCCGUGGCAGCAUUAUUAACACCGCUAGUGUGGUCGCCCUGGUUGGUGCAGCCACCCCUCAACUGGCAUACACAGCCAGCAAGGGUGCUGUCCUCGCGAUGACCCGGGAGUUGGCCAUUGUCCACGCCCGUGAGGGAUUCCGAUUCAACGCUCUUUGCCCUGCCCCAUUGAACACUCCCCUUCUGCAGGACUGGUUGGGUGACGAUCAGGCGAAGCGUUUCCGCCGCGAGGUCCACUUCCCCACCGGUCGCUUUGGCGAGGCCAUUGAGCAGGCCCAUGCUGUGGUCUUCUUGGCCAGCGACGAGAGCAGCUUUGUGAACGGAACCGAUUUCGUUGUUGACGGUGGAAUGACCAAGGCCUACGUGACCCCGGAGGGUCCGGCCACCCCUGCGCCUCAAAACAAUGGCCACUAA